AUGAACCACUUCCAAGAACAGCCUCAACGUAGGGUGUUCGAACCAUGUCCCGUUCCGCCUCCAACCAUUCUGAUUACUCCUACGGACAAUGUCAACCCCGCUACCACAGUCAACACCUUAAGAGCAAUGCACCUUGUAACUCCCCAGACCUCGGAGAUAUACACGAGCCAGUCGCAGGGCUUGCCGCAGCUUGGUAACCCUAACGCACAUCAGCUCUGCUAUAGCGGCAAACGAACUUAUCCGCACGACCCGGUACGAUGCAAGCUCGAUCAGUGCAGCCAGCAGUUCAAUACAGUCAUCGACCUAAAGUCCCACCAAAAUGAGUGUCACCGCGAUACAUUACACACUCUAAUGGUUAAAUUCGAGAACAAAGACUAUAUUCCAGAGGAUGACGAGAUGUUUGCUUAUUUAGUUCUGGCGGGCAUACGAUUUAUCUGGUCAAGGAAACUCGACCACCCCCGUAUAUCGGCACGAAAUAUUUUGAUUUCUCCGAAAGGUGAGGUGAAGAUCGACCAUACGGAUUUUCCGAGCAGCGAUGGCCAAACUUCAGAAAAUAUGGGCUGUUUGAAGACGCUUAUGCUAUGUAUGAUGCAUGAGCAGAGCGCAGUUCCAGUGCAGCCUUGGUCAGCUGAGGCAGGCCACUUUAUGACGGCCACUUCCUGGGCGUCUCCUUAUGAAUUGUCGGAUCACGUAUUUAUAGCUCGUUGUUCGAGCACUGCAACAGUCCUAAACCCUCUCUGUAUGCUGUCUCACUUCCUCGUAAAUGAAAAUGUGACUUUAUGUCAAGGAUUUGAUGGACGAAAAAUUGAGCCUACGUCGAGAGAUGCAUGGGAGAGGUCUACGUCUUGA